AUGGCUCGUACCAAACAGACUGCUCGUAAAUCCACGGGUGGCAAAGCUCCUCGUAAGCAGCUUGCAUCAAAGGCUGCCAGAAAGAGCGCACCAUCCACCGGUGGUGUCAAGAAGCCUCACCGAUACAAGCCUGGUACUGUCGCUCUCCGUGAAAUCAGACGAUACCAAAAGUCCACCGAACUCUUGAUCCGCAAACUCCCCUUCCAGCGCCUGGUUCGUGAAAUUGCCCAAGACUUCAAGAGCGAUCUUCGUUUCCAGUCAUCUGCGAUCGGCGCCUUGCAGGAAUCAGUCGAGUCUUAUCUGGUGUCACUCUUCGAAGACACCAACCUGUGUGCCAUUCACGCCAAGCGUGUCACCAUUCAAUCCAAGGAUAUCCAGCUUGCACGUCGUCUUCGUGGUGAGCGCAACUAA